AAUUAUUUAAAAUUCAAAAAAAUUAUAUUCAAAAUAAAAUAAAAAACAAUUUAAAAAAAUGCUAAAUUCCUGUUCUUUUAAUAUUAUUUCCUCAGCUAAAAGUUUAGCACCAUUUUGGAAAUAUAAUGGAAAUCUAAAAUUGCCUUUAAAAUCUACAACAUCUAACCUUAACCGUAGAGGUGCUGCUAAAAAGGCUGCCAAAAGCCAAGACAUUGGUCAAACAUCAGUGGGAGAUGGUAGCAGUGCCAGUUAUGUGGAGAUCAUGUAUAAUACAUGGCUCAAAGAUCCAACUUGUGUACAUCCUUCUUGGGAUGCAUUUUUUCGUACUGGCGCUUACAAUGCUGUGCCUGCCUCUGCUCAUGCCCAACGAAAUUUACAGCCAAUAUCACAAGUUUGCGGCGGUUCUAGCAGCAUCAAUGCCAAUGAACAGCUAAUUGAAGACAACAUACAAGUUCAUAAUGUUGUACGAAGUUAUCAAACUCGAGGUUUUUUAGCAGCAAACUUAGAUCCGUUGGGUAUUACAACGCAUGAAAAGAUGAUUACGAAAUCUGGCAUGCAAUUGAAUGCUAAUGAAAAGGUUUUGCUACAAAAUUCAAAAUUCUUUAGAGAAGCAACACAUUUGGAUGAUAAAUUUAAAUUGCCUCAAACGACAUACAUUCAUGGCGAAGAAAAGGAAUUAAGUUUUCGUGAAAUAAUAACACGCCUAGAAAGUAUAUACUGCAGUACAAUGGGUAUUGAAUACAUGUAUAUAUUCGAUUUCGAUAAACGUGAUUGGAUACGAAAAAAAAUUGAAUUACCCGGUGUUAUGAACAUGGACAAGGAAAAAAAGAAAUUAAUUUUACAACGUUUAAUUAGAGCUACAGGUUUUGAGAACUUUCUGGCUAAGAAAUAUGGCUCUGAAAAACGUUUUGGCUUAGAGGGUUGUGAAGUUUUAAUACCCUGUAUUAAAGAAAUCAUCGAUGUAUCGUCGGCUCGAGGUUGUGAAUCGUUUAUUUUGGGCUUGGCUCAUCGGGGUCGUUUAAAUACUUUGGCCAACAUAUGUCGUAAGCCAUUGCGCAAUAUAUUUUCACAAUUUUUGGCAUUAACAGCAACUGAUCAGGGCUCGGGAGAUGUUAAAUAUCAUUUGGGCACCUUUACGGAGCGUUUAAAUCGUGUGACUAACAAAAAUGUACGCAUAGCUUUGGUGGCCAAUCCUUCGCAUUUGGAAGCGGUGGAUACUGUGGUGCAGGGUAAAACAAGAGCUGAACAAUUCUAUCGCGGCGAUAUAGAAGGCAGAAAAGUUAUGUCUAUACUUAUACAUGGAGAUGCCGCCUAUUCGGGCCAGGGUAUUGUCUAUGAGAGCAUGCAUUUAAGUGAUCUGCCCGCCUAUACCAGUCAUGGUACUAUACACAUUGUUAUCAACAACCAGGUGGGCUUCACCACCGAUCCCCGAUUUCAUCGUUCUUCGCCAUUUUGUACUGAUGUUGCUCGCGUUGUGAAUGCUCCCAUUUUUCAUGUUAAUGCCGAUGAUCCGGAAGCUGUUGUGUUUCUUAGCAAGAUUGUUGCGGAAUGGAGAGCUGAUUGGCGUCAAGAUGUGGUUAUUGAUCUGGUGGGCUAUCGUCGUAAUGGCCAUAAUGAAACGGAUGAACCCAUGUUUACCCAACCUUUAAUGUAUACACAAAUACGAAAGCAUAAGCCGGUUUUGCAGUUGUAUGCCGAGAAAUUGAUCAAGGAGAAUGUCAUUAGUGCUGAGGAAUUUAAAACGGAAGUAGAGGGCUAUGAGAAAAUAUUGGAAACUGGAUUUGCAGAUGCAUCCAAAGAAACAUCUAUUAAAUAUAAAGAUUGGAUAGAUUCUCCCUGGUCGGGUUUCUUUGAGGGUCGUGACCGUACUAAAAUGUUAGGCACUGGUGUUAAGGAAGAAACAUUAAUACACAUUGGUAAUAAAUUUGCCUCAGCUCCACCUCCGGAAGCAAAGUUUGAAAUACAUAAAGGCAUUGAACGCAUCUUGCAGGCACGGCAGGAAAUGGUUAAAAAUAAAAUUGCCGACUGGGCUUUGGGUGAAGCGUUUGCUUUUGGCACUCUAUUAAAGGAAGGCAUACAUGUGCGUCUCUCCGGCGAGGAUGUAGAACGUGGAACAUUUUCGCAUCGUCAUCAUGUGCUGCAUCAUCAAACCAUCGACAAAGUCACCUAUAAUAUGCUGCAACAUCUGUAUCCCGAUCAAGCCCAUUAUUCGGUGUGCAACAGUAGUUUGUGUGAGUUUGGAGUUUUGGGUUUUGAACACGGCUAUUCCAUGUGUAAUCCCAAUUCACUGGUAAUGUGGGAAGGACAAUUCGGUGACUUUUGCAAUACAGCCCAGUGUAUAAUUGAUCAGUUUAUAUCGAGUGGUGAAAUGAAAUGGGUAAGACAGUCCGGUUUAGUGAUGCUCUUGCCUCAUGGCCUGGAGGGUAUGGGUCCAGAACAUUCCUCCUGUCGACCAGAACGUUUUCUACAAAUGUGUCAUGAUGAUCCAGAUACAUUGCCGGCGAAUUGUGAAAAUAUGGUUUUACAACAAUUGCAUGAUAUUAAUUGGAUUGUGGCAAAUUGUACCACCCCCGCCAAUCUUUUUCAUAUUUUAAGACGUCAGAUAGCUUUGCCAUUUCGCAAACCCUUAAUUUUAUGCACACCCAAGUCGGGCCUAAGACAUCCAAUGGCUAAAAGUCCAUUUUCGGAUUUUACGGAAUGUAGUGAAUUUAAACGUUUGAUUGAGGAUGUUGGUCCCGCUUCGAAAUCGCCCGAUGAUGUUAAGAAAUUAGUCUUCUGUACUGGAAAAGUAUAUUUUGAAUUAUUUAAGGCUAGACAAGAUAAAAAAGCUGAAAAGGAAAUAGCUUUGGUACGGCUGGAACAGAUUUGUCCAUUUCCCUAUGAUUUGGCUAAGCAAGAAAUUUCCAAAUAUAAAAAUGCUGAAAUACUAUGGGCACAAGAAGAACACAAAAAUCAGGGCUGCUGGGAAUAUGUGCGACCACGUUUUACUACCGCCAUGGGUGAUGAAGCCGAUGAAUGCCCCAUUCAAUAUCACGGUCGACCAUGUGCUGCCGCUCCAGCAACUGGUAAUAAACUACAACAUAUUCGUGAAUUGCACGAUUUUAUUGUAAGUAUUUUUGGCGAAUUAACGGAAGCUGAAAAAGAAGCUAUUAAAAAGGAAAACGAACACAGCAUAGCUCAAGCUAAAGCCUUGGCAUCGCAAAGAGCGAAAGAGUUAAGUGAAAAUUCAGGUGACAAAACAGAGAAAUCAAAAGAUUCCUCUAAACCAGAAAAUCCUCCUCCUAAAUCUACUGAUAAGAAAAAAUAAUUUUAUUUUCAUACAUUUUUCAAGUAAAUUUGUCGAAUAGACAUUAUUCCAAUGACUU